AUGAGCACCCGUGACCAGCUGCGCACGGCCGCAGACCAGACCAAGCUCGUCCUCCCCAAGUAUCUCACGGGACUCCAAGCUGACGGAUCCUUGAUGACAAAGGCGGCGAAAGCCCGCAAGUUUACUCUCGAGUCGUUUCCCCGUCUUGACCCCAACCUCUGCCCGAACUUUGCGCGAAAGGCCAAGAUCAAAGUUGUGAAUAUGGACACUCUUGAUGCUGCCAUUCGGGAGAUGGCCGUGCUCAAAACGGAGAACGACAGUCCUGCUCACAGUCCCCUCCCGGCGGUGAUCAACUUUGCGAACGACAGCCGACCGGGUGGGGGUUGGGAGAACGGUGCCAUGGCGCAGGAGGAGGCGAUUUGCUACCGGUCUAGUCUGUCGCUGAGCCUGAAGAGGGAGCUCUACCCCAUCAGCCCGGACAAGUACACCGCCGCGGCGCUGUACUCGCCUUACGUUCUCGUCAUCCGUGAGGCCGAUGAAAGGGGUCACGGGCUGAUCCCACUCCGGGACGUGGUAGCGGACCCAAAGGUGGUCUCUGUCUUUAGCGUUGCAGCUGUGCACUCCCCCCCGACGAUGCAGAUCAAGUAUGACAAGCACGCCCCUGGCGAACCGGAGUUUUUCAGCUACUUUGCCAGGGACUUUGACAGGGACAUGACGAAGAAGAAGAUGAGGCUUGUGCUGAGGCUGGCGGCGGCGUACAGGCAUAGGAGGAUCAUCUUGGGCGCGUUGGGGUGUGGGGUUUUCAAGAACCCGCCCGAGGAUGUGGCGCACUGCUGGUUGGAGGUGUUGAGGGAGAAGGAGUUUGGGGGGGCGGGGAAUUGGUGGAGGGGGGUGACGUUUGCGGUGUAUGAGCCCAGGGUGGUGUAUGAGGGGAAUUUGGAUAUUUUUACGAGGGUGUUGGAUGGAGAGGAGGUUUGA